CUGCCCCGCCUGCGCCCAGUCCAGCGCCCGCCCGACAGCCGGCGCUGCCCUGGACCCUGGCGUCCGUCUCCCCGCCUCGGGCCAGGACCCCGCGUCGCGGACCCACGAUGGCCAAGCGCAGCUCGCUGUUCAUCCGCAUCGUGGAGGGGAAGAACCUGCCCGCCAAGGACAUCACGGGCAGCAGCGACCCCUACUGCAUCGUGAAGGUGGACAACCAGCCCAUCAUAAGGACAGCCACUGUGUGGAAGACCCUGUGCCCCUUCUGGGGCGAGGAGUAUCAGGUGCACCUGCUGCCCACCUUCCACUCGGUGGCCUUCUACGUCAUGGACGAGGAUGCCCUCAGCCGGGACGACGUCAUCGGGAAGGUCUGCCUUACCAGGGACACCCUGGCUACUCACCCUAAGGGUUUCAGUGGAUGGGCCCAUCUGACGGAGGUCGACCCCGAUGAGGAGGUGCAGGGCGAGAUCCACCUGCGGCUGGAAGUGGUGCCGGGGACCCGGGCCUGCCGGCUGCGCUGCUCUGUGCUGGAGGCCAGGGACCUAGCCCCCAAGGACCGGAAUGGUGCAUCUGACCCCUUUGUCCGAGUGCGCUACAACGGCCGGACGCAGGAGACCUCGAUCGUGAAGAAGUCACGCUACCCACGCUGGAACGAGACGUUUGAAUUCGAGCUGGAGGAGGGGGCGGCGGAGGCGCUGUGCGUGGAGGCCUGGGACUGGGACCUUGUCAGCCGCAAUGACUUCCUGGGCAAAGUGGUGUUCAAUGUCCAGAGACUCCGGGCGGCCCAGCAGGAGGAGGGCUGGUUCCGGCUGCAGCCCGACCAGUCCAAGAGUCUGCGGGAAGAGGGCAACCUAGGCACCUUGCAGCUGGAGGUGCGGCUGCGGGACGAGAUGGUGCUGCCCUCCGGCUGCUACCAGCCCCUGGUGCAGCUGCUCUGCCGUGAGGUGAAGCUGGGCACCCAGAGCCCAGGGCAGCUGAUCCUACUCAUCGAGGAGACGACAAGCACGGAAUGCCGCCAGGACGUGGCCACCACCCUGCUCAAGCUCUUCCUGGGGCAGGGACUGGCCAAAGACUUCCUGGACCUGCUCUUUCAGCUGGAGCUGGGUCGCACCAGUGAGGCCAACACCCUGUUUCGGAGCAAUUCUCUGGCCUCCAAGUCCAUGGAGUCUUUUCUGAAGGUGGCUGGAAUGCGGUAUCUGCACGGCGUCCUGGGCCCCGUCAUUGACAGGGUGUUUGAGGAGAAGAAGUACGUGGAGCUGGACCCCAGCAAGGUGGAGGUCAAGGGUGUAGGGUGCUCCGGCCUGCACCGCCCGCAGACCGAAGCUGAGGUGCUGGAGCAGAGCGCGCAGACGCUGAGUGGCCACUUGGGGGCGCUGUUGAGCUCGCUCAGUCGCUCGGUUCGCGCAUGCCCCGCCGUGGUCCGCGCCACCUUCCGCCAGCUCUUCCGGCGCGUGCGCGAGCGCUUCCCCAGCGCUCAGGACGAGAACGUGCCCUUCAUCGCCGUCACCAGCUUCCUGUGCCUGCGCUUCAUCUCUCCUGCCAUCAUGGCGCCCAAGCUCUUCCACCUGCGGGAGCGGCACGCGGACGCCCGCACCAGCCGCACCCUGCUCCUGCUGGCCAAGGCGGUCCAGAACGUGGGCAACAUGGACACACCAGCUUCCAGGGCUAAGGAGGCUUGGAUGGAACCGCUGCAGCCCACGGUGCGCCAGGGCGUGGCCCAGCUGAAGGACUUCAUCACCAAGUUGGUAGACAUCCAGGAGAAAGAGGAGCUGGACCUGCAGCGGGCCCUGAGCUUGCAGGCGCCGCCAGUGAAGGAGGGGCCGCUCUUCAUACACAGGACCAGGGGCAAGGGCCCCCUCAUGUCCUCCUCCUUUAAGAAGCUCCACUUCUCCCUCACCACGGAAGCCCUCAGCUUUGCCAAGACACCCAGCUCCAAGAAAAGCACCCUCAUCAAGCUUGCCCACGUCCGGGCAGCAGAAAAGGUGGAGGAGAAGAGCUUCGGCAGCUGCCACGUCAUGCAGGUCAUUUACACGGACGACGCGGGCGGCUCCCAGACCGCCUACCUGCAGUGCAAGUGUGUGAACGAGCUGAACCAAUGGCUGUCUGCACUGCGGAAGGUCAGCAUCAACAACACCGGCCUGCUGGGCUCCUACCACCCUGGAGUCUUCCGCGGGGACAAGUGGAGCUGCUGCCACCAGAGGGACAAGACAGAUCUGGGUUGCGACAAGACGCGGUCCCGGGUGACCCUGCAGGAGUGGAAUGACCCUCUCGACCAUGACCUGGAGGCUCAGCUCAUCUACCGGCACCUGCUGGGUGUAGAGGCCACACUGCGGCUCUGCACCUUCCUGCCUAUGGCAGCCGCACCUGGGAGGGCACCUGGAUCUCUGCAGCAUGAGGCUGGCUCGUCUUAGGAUGAAGGUCCCAAGGGCUGUGGAAGCCCAGGGUCAGGCUGUAGCUGCUCCGUGCCCCCCGGCUGCCCAGCCCUCCCUUCGUGCCCUCAGAGCGCCAGGAUUGCCCUCUGCCAACCCGCCUAAUUCAGUGGUUCUCAGCCCUGGCUCCAGCUUAGAAAACACAGAACGCUUUUUAAAAACAGGAUGCCUGGGCCCUACCCCACUGACUCAGAAUCUCUGGUGGGGGGCGUCCAGCAUGGGGAUAUUUUAAAGCAAUCCAUCGCUUCCUAAGAGCACUGCUUCCCUGAGUCUGUUCGAAUGGGGGCAGUUUGCUCUCCCACACCCCUGCCCCCGGGGCCUGGAGGGGUGCCGGGCAUCCUCCUUGCUUCCUCACCGGCUCUUCUAGGGUUUAUCUCCUGUGGCUACUGUAGCACAUUACCAUACGUUUGGUGGCUUAAACAACACAGGUUUAUCCUCUUACAGUAGAAGUGGAAUAAGCACAUGAGCAGAGGUGUAAGGGAUCAGACCGACCGCCUAGGGCCUAGAAGGCAACUGAGGAGGAGGAGUUUGAUCUAUUUUAUCCGAAAUAGGUCAGGGAGGCGGUCAAAGGGCUGAGCCGGUAGAAUUCCUAAAUAAGGAGCUUCAAGCACAGGGUCUGCAAGGCUGCUCACCAUCCCCCCGUGUAAGCGCAGAGGAUUGGGUCUGAGCGACCGGGGACCUUUGGUGAACCCCGGGUAGGAGCCGUGCUUAAAAUGUCCCUGUCUCCUGUUCCCAUAAGAAUGAAACUCAUUCCGUGGCCAGGUAACACUAGGGGAUUUUCAAGCCCCGCUUGAAUCUCUCCCCAAGGGCCCUCCGAAACAGAAGUGACACAGUUCAAGCUUGGUUUCCAAAGUGCCUUCCGUUGAUCCACUUUGCCGAGGUGGAGGAUGAGGGGGGACCAGAGGAGGAGGCUGGACCGGGGAAAGCGGGAGGUGA